AUGCAGACUGCUUCUAAAAACAUUUGUGAAAGAAUGGGUUGCUCUCAGGGGCUCAGUGAAUUCAAGCGUGGUACCAUGAUAGGUUGCCAUCUGUGCAAUAAGUCCAUCUGUGAAAUUUCCUUGCUACUAAAUAUUCCAUCUUCAACUGUUAGUGGUAAUAUAACAAAGUGGAAGCAACUGGGAACAACAGCAACUCAGCCAGAAAGUAAGUGAGAUCAGCGCAUGGUGAAGCGCACAGUGCUCCGAAGUCGCCAACUGUGUGCAGAGUCAAUAACUAAAGACCUCCAAACUUUGUGUGGCCUUCAGAUUAGCACAACAUUGAGAGCUUCAUGGAAUGGAUUUCCAUGGCCAA